AUGUAUUUACGUGGCUAAUAAUUAACAUAAUGAUGCUAGCUUGACCUAAUUUCUUUGUUUGUCUUUCACGAGGCCAACGAGAGAAAGUCACUCUUAUACAGCUUGUGUUUGAAGUCAAAAUAAACUAAAGCAGUUCAUAUCUAAGAAGCUGUCCAGCAUGGAGGUGGAAACAGAUGUGUUAGCUGCAGUUUCAUCUACUGUAGAUGUACAGUCAAAUGAAUUAACAGGAUUUUCAUCUUCCGAAGAUUUGAAACCAGAUCUAUCGACCAUAUUUUCAUCUUCUGCUGGCAUCAAUACAGAAUUAUUGUCAUUUUAUAAUUCUCAGAAUAUAAAACCUGACAUGACAUUUAAAACCACUCAAGAUGUUAAACCUGAUGUUACACCAGAUUUUUCUUCUUCUGCUGACAUCAAAACAGAAUUAUUGACAUUGAUUAAUUUCCAGGAUAUAAAACCUAACAUGUCAUUUAAAACUUCUCAAGAUGUUAAACCUGAUUUUAAUUCAGAAUUUUCUUCUUCUAAUGACAUAAAACCAGAAUUAUCAUUUUUUAAUGUUCAGGAUAUAAAACCUAAAAUGUCAUUUAAUACUUCUCAAGAUGUUAAACCUGAAAUUACAUUUUCAAUUGAAAAAAUUAAUAAGAAACCAGCUGCAUCAGCAGUAUUUUCACCAUCUGAAAAUUUAAAACCAGAAUUAUCAUCUUCUGAAAAUUUAAAACAAGAUUUCACAACAGAAUUUUUAUUUUUUGAGGAUAAACAAGAAAAUGGACUUAAAGAUAAUCUACAAUUGUCUGGGGACAACGAAAAUAAAAUUGUUUAUUAUAAUCCAACAUUUUCUCAAAGUUCUGAAAGUAAUAUGCAUAACAAUGUUCAUUUUGAAGAUAAGCCAUAUAACUGUGAUGUUUGUCAUAAAAGGUUUUCUCAUAGAUCUGGUUUAAAAUAUCACAAAUAUGUUCAUUCUGGAGUUAAGCCGUAUGAAUGUGAUGUUUGUCAUAAAAGGUUUUCUCAAAGUUUUCAUUUAAGAGAACAUAAAAUGGUUCAUUCAGGAGAAAGGCCACAUGAAUGUGAUGUUUGUCAUAAAAGAUUUUCUAGUUCUCAGUUAAGAUCACAUAAAAGGAUUCAUUCAGGAGAUAAACCCCAUGAAUGUGAUGUUUGUCAUAAAAGGUUUUCUAGAAAUUUUGAUUUAAAAAAACAUAAAAUGAUUCAUUCAGGAGAUAAACCUCAUGAAUGUGAUGUUUGUCAUAAAAGGUUUUCUCAAAGUUUUCAUUUAAGAACACAUAAAAUGAUUCAUUCAGGAGAUAAACCCCAUGAAUGUGAUGUUUGCGGAAAAAGGUUUUAUUCAAGUUCUGAUUUAAGAUCACAUAAAAAAUAUCAUUCAGCAGAUAAACCACAUGAAUGUGAUGUUUGUCAUAAAAGGUUCUCUAGAAUUUCUGAUUUAAAAAAACAUAAAAAUGUUCAUUCAGGAGAUAAACCAUAUGAAUGUGAUAUUUGCCGUAAAAGGUUCUCUAGAAAUGCUAAUUUAAGAUCACAUAAAAAAGUUCAUUCAGCAGAUAAACCACAUGAAUGUGAUGUUUGUCAAAAAAGGUUUUAUUCAAGUUUUGAUUUAAGAGCACAUAAAAAUUUUCAUUCUGGAGAUAAACCAUAUGAAUGUGAUGUUUGUCAUAAAAGGUUUUCUCAAAGUUCUAACUUAAAUCAACAUAAUAGGAUUCAUUCAGGAAUAAGGCCAUAUAAAUGUGAGGUUUGUCAGAAAACGUUUUCAUAUAGUUCUAGCUUAAAUCGACAUAUUAUGAUUCAUUCAGGAAUAAGACCACAUAAAUGUGAUGUUUGUCAUCAAAGAUUUUCUAAAAAUUCUGAUUUAAAAAAACAUAAAAAUGUGCAUUUAGGAGAUAAGCCACAUGAAUGUGAUGUUUGUCAUAAAAGGUUUUCAAAUAGUUCUAGCUUAAGUAAACAUAAAAAAGUUCAUUCAGCUAUUAAAAGUAGAAAAGGCAUAUGAUUGUGAUGUUUGUCAUAAAAUCUUUGCAGAUAAGAAUGGUCUAUUGCGACAUAAAAUUGUUCAUUCUGAAUAUGAAUGUAAUAUUUGUCUUAAAAGAUUUUUAUAUAGUUCUCAAUUAAAAGAACAUACAAAAGUUCAUUCAGGAGAUAAACCCCAUGAAUGUGAUGUUUGUCAUAAAAGGUUUUCUAGAAGUUCUACUUUAAGAGAACAUAAAAUGGUUCAUUCAGGAGAUAAUCCCCAUGAAUGUGAUGUUUGUCAUAAAAGAUUUUCUAGUUCUCAGUUAAGAGCACAUAAAAAGAUUCAUUCAGGAAAUAAACCCCAUGAAUGUGAUGUUUGUCAUAAAAGGUUUUCUAGAAAUUAUGUUUUAAAAAAGCAUAAAAAUGUUCAUUCUGGAGAUAAGCCAUAUGAAUUUGAUGUUUGUCAUUAAAGGUUUAUUUGAAGUUCUAACUUAGGUAAACAUAAAAAUAUUCAUUCAGUAGUAAGGCCACAUGAAUGUGGUGUUUGUCAUAAAAUCUUUGUGGAGAAGAAAGAUCUAUUACAACAUAAAAUUAUUCAUUUUGCAGAUAAACCACAUGAAUGUGAUGUUUAAUAUAAUGUUUUCUCAAUAUUCUAAUUUAAGAACACAAAAAAAUAUUCAUUCAGAUCAGGGGUCUCCAAACUACGGCCCGCGGGCCAGAUGCGGCCCACGAGGUCCUUUCAUCCGGCCCACGGAGAUCUUUUUGUUUACGGAAAAAAAUGUUUGUUAGAAGUGGUUGAGGUACUUUGCUUUGGGUUUAAAUACCUUUGCUCUCCGUGUUGCAAACAUCUAUGAAAACAUUGUAAUUCAAAUAGAGUCGCUGGACAGCUGUUCCAUGUUUUUGGAACAAGUACAGGGCAACAACUUGACGCACUUUCAGUAAAGUUGAGUUCCCCACAUCAUUUGAAUGCAAGAUCAUCAAAGACCUGCAGUUUCAGUAACGGUUUUCUGACUAGGAUUCAAAGGCAGAAGAAGUGAGACUGCUUCAAAACCCAUUUAAAGCAAAUGUAACCAGUUGCCCAGAUGAGUUCAGAUGGAGGUCAUUGAAUUGCAAGCAAAUGACCUCCUUAGAGAUAAGUUUAAAAAAUAGCGGCAGGGUUUUUGUGUUUGCCCAAGGAGAACAAACUUGGACCUUGAGUGUGUUGUCGGCCGGACAGUGUUUCUUUCAGACUUUUUCUCCUGGAAGGAGGGGGGGUUGCAUUUAAAAUGUGUUUUUAUUUCUAUAUUAAUUCUAUUUCUUUGGGGGGGGGGGGCACGGUGGACACAGCCACCCCAAAGGAUGCAUGGAAGAAACUCUACUCUGGCCCGCGAACUGAUUUUUGAUAGUUAAUGCGGCCCUCGGGCUGAAAAGUUUGGAGACCCCUAAUUCAGAUGAAAGGCCACAUGAUGAAUGUGAUGUUUGUCCUAUAAAAUUUGCUCGUAAGUGUGAUUUAUUAAGACAAUUUUGUUCAUUUGGAAAAAAUCCAAAUGAAUUUGAUGUUAAUCCUAAAUGAUUUACUCAGAAUAGUUUAACUACACAUAAAAAAACUUUUUUUGGCUAUAAAUGGUUUUCUCAACGUUCUCAAUUAAGUGCACAUGAAAAAGUUCAUUUAUGAGACAAGCUAUAUGAAAGUGGUAUAUGUCAUUAAAGGUUUUCUAGAAGUUGUAGUCUAAAUGAUGUUUUUCACAAACGAUUUUCUCAAAUUUAAAUACUCUAAAAAAAUUCAUUCUACAAGACAGAGGAAUGUGAUGUUGGUAAGGAAAUAUUUUCUUUUAAAUUUACUUCAUAUAGUCAAAAAAAUUCAUCAUGACUUAAAACCAAUUUAAAGUCAUUUUUUAACAUAAAAAAUUAAUAUCUAUAGCAAAUUAUUAUUAUUAAAUUUCUUAUAAUUUUUCUCUGCACAUAACUUCCAAUAGUGGGCCAUGAUUAAUAAAUGUUUGUAUUAUAAAAAGGUUCUCUUGUCAAAGAGUAUACCUCGUCAAUUAUUGUACAUACUCUAAAAAGAAAUUGUAUUCUGACUGUAAAAGGAAAUAGCAUCCUAUUGUCAGCUGCAUGUGUACAUUUUUUCUUUAAGUAUCCUACUCUUUUUUGUGUUAUGUGUAAAUAUGUAUGAUAGGAGAAGUAAGCUAUCACUUUAGGGACCCAGGGUUUUAUUUUUAUACCCGCAUGGUUUUGUUCAGGCCACACAGUUAAUUUGCCUGUUUCAGAUUAUAUAAAAUUGACAAUGCACAUUCAUUGGGACAAGGGAGUUUACCAAUUCUGAUCAAACCAAUUACACAUUAACAAUAACAGAAGCUAACUAAAAUAAAACACGCUGUUUAACUUCAAUGUAUUAUUUACAUUUACUAGAUGUUUACAAUAUAAGUACUGAAAAACAAUUCUCAUUCAUAACUUUACACAUUUACACUACUCACAAACAGCUCAGUCAGACAUACUGCAACAUGACAGAAUAUCAGGUUGACAGUUAAUACAACCUCCAUUAGACAAGUACAAUGACAUCAGACCAGCAGUCACAAUGGCAUCUGGCCAACAGGUACAUUGACCACAAAACUUCUGAGCAGACAGCAAUUUUUUUUGUAAAAACUUUUUCAUCCUUAGCUAAAUGCCUUUAAUUAUUAUAUUGAGAGGUAUAGUAUCUCAAAUCAUAUGAUCAGACUAUACUGUCUGCAAUGUAUAACUCAAAUAGACCAUAUGUUAAAACUUCCUCUCCCUCCCCUAUUUACAUGUCUUAUGGAACUAACCCCAAGUUUCAUGUUGCUCCAACCAUUGCUAAGGCUUAUGGUCACUUCCUUACUUUUGCUAAAUGUUUUAUUUUAUUAAAUUAAAUGCAUUUGUAACAUGUUAUAUGUAGAUUUUAUCUUUCUUUACACCUCAAGUCAAUAUGAACUUUAUGCCAAAUCUCAGACUCCUCUCUGCAUACUAUGUGAUUGAAAAGAUAAUAAAAUAAUUUUCUUCACAAAAGGCUAUACAAUUUAAAGAUUAACCAAACAUUUCAAUGUCAUAAAUUAACAUUAAUUUUUUUUUACUAAAACAGCAUAAAAAUUAUAAAUUUGAAGAAAAGAAAGACUAGAGCUGCAAUUGUUACAUUUUGGUAUCUUAGUUUCAACGUAAUGUAAUUUUGGCUAGUUAUUAUAUAAUUUAUUAUUCCUUACUAUUAAAACAAUAGCCUUGUAAUCUAAAUUCUAAAGCAGUGAAUUAUUACAAAUUGUAACGUGAAAAUUUUAAGAAAUAAAAUGGCUAAAGUGUGUGUCAAAUUUUAUUAUUAUUGUUUUUCUCACAACACUUUCUGUAUGUAAAUUCCAAUGAGGCCAAUGUGUUUUGAAUGCUGGGGUGUAUUUUCCUCUCUUGUGAUGCUCCAAAGCCUGUACCUGCAAGUUAGGUAAGGUCAGUGUCGGACAACAUUUGUUUGUUACUAAUGUUAGUGUGAGCGGGUAAAUGGAUGUCUUAUUUUGUAUUAUUUUAUUGUGUGCGAAUCUGCGUGAAUGGUCCACUUGACAGCGGCUACAGGGUUUCCCGUUCCGCACGAAGCGGUCAGUAUAAAAACUUACCGCUUGGAUAAUUUCUUUCUUUUGACCCGAGGCGAGAUGUAGAUCAGGUCAGUUUCUGUGUGGGCUCACCUCGUGCAUGAAGGUAUUUGUGUUUUUUAUUGUAUUUGUAUAUGUGUGAUUUGUAUGAAAGCGCCUGCCGAUGUUUCUCGUUUUCUUUCUUUUUCGUCUAAAAAGAGAUAGUGGGCAUCGGCUUGCCUGGUAUACUCGUGGUGUGUGUUCUUUUUUUGAAAGAUUUGAAAUGUAUUUUGGUAUUUUCUAAAACCCUUGGCGUGUUUUAGACCACGUGGUUUAGGUCACUAUGUUUAGGAUGGUUUCCAAAACUGGUUUGAGUGUGUUUGUGUAUUUUACUUUUUUAUUUUAAAGUAUUGUUAUUGUGGGUUCCCCACAAUGACUAAGUUGGGCUCAGUCACAAGUAAUUUUGUUGUGGUUGUCUUAGACAGUAAUGAGUGUAUUUUAGUUUGCCUCGAGUUUUAGGUUGCUGUAAAAUUAAUGUGUGUGAUGUUUAUUACAACGUCUUGUUGAGUCACUUGCUUUGUGUCUACCUCUAUUUGGGGCCUUAGCGGGGUGUGUUAACUUUAUUGUUAUCAGUGUGGAUGUUGUAUAGGUAGACCAAUGGCUUCGUGCUGCUCAUUGUGUAGGAUAAAUUGGUUCUAUAAUGAUGAUUUUUAUUGCACGUUAUUUUUAAUUGGCUAAUUUCUUGGUUAGACAGUGAUUUAUUGUGGUUUUGAGAAUUGAUUUAGUAUUCUAGGAUUAGUGGUAGUAGUAGUUAUUAGUAUUUUACUCGAGGCUUUAGAUAUCUUUAGUAGUAGUCAGUAGUAUAUAAACAUAUGUAUAUUGAUGUAUAUAUAUUUUUCCAUGCAUUUUCUUGUUUUCCUUUUCUUUUUUCUCUCCCCUCCCCCUUCCAGUGAAGUUGUUUGUGCAACUUGGCUUGAUUUGUAUGGAUUGUUUUGUUUGAUGUUUGGUGCGGAUAUUAGAUGGCGUUUCGGUGGCAGUACUGGUAAGGAUGGUUGUCUGUGUUUUCAGAGCCUAGACUCCGAGGUACCGAAGGUACAUAAUAUUCCAUUGAACGUUGUUUUGUUUGUUUGGUGAUUGUUUAGUGUUGCAUUAGGAUGUUUUGAAUUUGACUUAAUGUUUACGUUUUUUUUUGUUCCAUUUUAUUUCAUGCAAUAAAUUCUGUAAAUUGUUAAAGUUUUUUUGUUUUAUUUUUAGUGGUUUGUGUUUUUAUUUAGACUAAGGUUAAGGAUAAGAUUUAACCACCGU